AUGAAUAAGUUACUUAAAAGUUCAAAUUAGUUAAUUUAAAAUUUGGAAAAGUUGGAUAAAGAGUCCAAGGAUUUGCUAAAUCAAAUUUACCAGGAGCUGAAUAUCAUAAAGGAUAUUAAUUUAAUUUUAAUUCAGUAGAAACACUUAAAUUUAGAUUCACUUUCUUAGAAUUGUUAUCUUUAGUGA